CCUUGCCCUAAUUUCAACCACGCCCGCUUGGUUAAUCGUGAGGGAGCAAAUAGAAAGGUUGAAGGUUACUCACCUCAAAUCCGCAUGGCACCCGAGAGCUAUAAGUCAAAUUGGACAUCCAAAUCGAAAAUGACCGCGCAAGAAAGAGACGACAGCAACACCAAAACCACUCAUCCCACGCCCCUAGCCCUCUUCUCCUACAUCCCCCUAUCUCCCAACCUAAUCAGCCAAGUCCCGAAAUAUAUGAGCUAUAGCUUCUACGGCUCAUUCGACGCCAACAUCCUCUCCACCUCAGCCGCCUCCUUCGUUGAAUCCAACUCAAACGCAAAUAGCGAGAGUAUAAAGCCUGUGAUCCACAAUUUUUUAACGCUCUCCCGCGACUAUUGCAGAUCCAGCGCUAAACCCCAGGACAGAUCCCAGAUCACACACUCGUGUUGGCUUUGCAUCCGCAUGGGCCCUCCGACCGACGAGUGGAAGGUCCCGCGAUGGCACAGGGAUGGGAGGAUGUUUGAGUGCAGCUGCUCUUCCACUCCUGAAGGAGUACGGCGCCCGCACUCCAAGUAUGCCAUGGUGAUCAUCGGGACGGCGACGCGGGUGCUCGCGCCGAGUUCAUAUGUGGACGAUGUACUUCAAAGUGUCAAGCGGUCGAACGAGGAUCGCGGCCGCUCCGAGAUUGCGGAAAAGAUCGCAGGUUGUGAAGAGGUUGCUAUGGAGAGGGGGCAGAUUAUCCGGUUUAGCUGGGGGCAGAAGGACUCGCCUGUGCAUUCCGAGCCGGAUUCUACGGGGGAGCAUCGGGUGUUUGUCAGUGUGUUAUAUGGGAGUGAGGAUGAGAUUCGGGAUAUGUGUAAGUUAAGGAGGGUUCAGUAUGUUCGUUCAGAAAUCUGGGAAGCGUAGGUGAACGGAGAUAUGCGGGCCAUUACUGGUAUUAGGACUGUCGCGGGACCUGGGUUUGCCUUGAUACGGAGAUUGACAAGCAUGUUCACUUGUGCAUGCAUGUAUGCAUAUGAGAUCCUCAAAAACAUUUAGACUCAUUAAAUUUCCUCGUCCUAUUGGUUUUACCUGGGAAGGCCCUUAAACUCGUU